AUGAGCUAUGGGCGUCAGGUGCAACAGCGGAACCUGCGUCCCUAUGCGUUUGUGGCUUUUGAUACAUUCAUGCAGCGAACGAAGCGACUCUACGCUGACAGCCGCACAGCCGAGACAACAGCCGGAUCACACUUGGACAAGCUGAAUGAAGAUCUGCAGGAUGUCCAAAAGAUCAUGACGAAGAACAUGGAAGAUCUGCUUUGGCGAGGCGAUAGUUUGGAUCGUACGUGUUGCUCGACGUUCCAAGUGCUCGUGGUCGCUUACGUAUAUGCAGAUAUGUCGUCUCUGUCUUCAUCUUUGCGUGACGAGUCACUCAAGUACCGCCGUGCCGCGCGCAAAAUCAAUGUUGAUGCCAUGAUUCGCAAAUAUGCCCCGUACGUAUGCAUGGCAGUUUUCUUGCGGUCGUUCUCACACAACCCCCCUAUCUCGUACAGUAUCGGCGCCAUUGCUCUUUUGUUCCUAUUUAUCCUGUAUAUCAAGUUCGGAUAG